GGCUGCGUCCUGGCGGGCAAGGGCAAGAGGGGCCGACGCAAGGCACGCGCCGUGGCAGGGCCCCUGGCGGCGUGCGCCUCGGACUCAGGAGAAGGAAGCAGCAGCCACGGCGGCAAGGGCAAAGCAGGCGGCGGCUCACAGCAGGCAUCUCGUCUUGUAGAGCUGCAGCGCGCCAUCGAGCACCUGGGGGCGUUCCCCAGCCUGGGUGGCCAUGGAGACGAGUGCGUGGCUGAGCGGCUGGCCGCCCUUCGAGCCAAGAAGCAGGAGGCCGCAGCAGCCCAGGCCGCGGACAAGGAGGCAGCGAUGUCGCCAGCAACGCGGCUGCGACGAGCGGCCAACACGGCCAGCAAAGUGGAGCGCAAGGCCGCAGGAACUCGCAGGACCAUGGAGGCUGCAGACGCAGCUGUGGCCGAGGAGGAGGCGGCAGUGCAGGCGGCUGCAGACCAGCUGGAGGAUACCGAGGACCGCAGAGCCGAGGCGCGCGAGCGGCUGGUCGCCUUGGAGGAGAAGGCCGCUGCUGCCAAGGCUACCCACGAACGCCUGCAGGUCCCGGCUGGUGACCUGGAGGCCAUGCGCGGGCUCUUCCUCCAACUGCGAACGCUCCCGUUGGCACACCUGGCAGGCAACUUCGCCAGGGCCUGGGAGCUCACCAUGCAACGGCUGCAGGCGGUGGAAGGAAUGUUCGCCCUCCAGGAGCCCGCG